AACAAAUUUAAUUAGUUUAUAACACAUUUAGAAGAGAAGAGAAUAGAAAAGUAUUUUGAAAACUUGCUAUUGAUUAGAUGAGUAAGUCGGGUAUUCUACACUUCCAUUACUCUAUUCUAUUCACAUCAGCUGAAAUCUGACAAAGUACACAACACACGUGUAAAUAAUAAUAAUAAUAACUGAGUACAACAAAUAAAGGUCAAUACUGAACAAUUGUAUUCCCCUGUUUUUUCCCUAAAUAACUACGCCUUCACAUUCAAACGAUUUGAAUAAAAGAAAAAGAAAUCUACUCAUCAUCAGAAUAAUCAAGGUUUUGAUCACUUCUCAUUCAACCUUAUAUAUUUAUUAACAAUGAAAACAUACUGGAACAUGGGAUCUGAAUAAAGACUAAAAGAAAAACAAACAAAAAACAACAAGCAAAAUCAUGAAUAGACAUGAAAGUGAACUUUUUAAAACUACACAAACAAAUGUAAAUAAUUCUGGAUUAUUAUUCAUUGAUAAUUCUAAAAAUUUAAAUAGUUCAACAUGCAAUUUUUUGGAUUCAGUAAAACAACAACAUCAACAACAACAGCAAAAACAAAAAUGUGUUCAAAGAUCAAUGAACGAUGUACAAUCUCAAGUUAAUCCUAAUAUAAAUCCUGUGCAUAGAAUUGGUAAAUAUAAAAUUAUACGUACAAUUGGACAGGGGAAUUUUGCAAAAGUUAAAUUAGCAAUACAUUUAUUAACUGGACGGGAAGUUGCGAUAAAAAUGAUAGACAAGAUCAAAAUGUUUAAAAACUAUCGAGAUAAAUUGUUACGGGAAGUGAAGGUAAUCAAAUCUAUCAAUCAUCCAAAUAUCGUUCAAUUAUAUGAAGUAAUUGAAACAGGAAAACAUGUUUAUUUAGUAAUGGAAUAUGCAAAAAAUGGUGAGAUGUAUGACUAUCUUGUUAAGAAUGGUCGAAUGACUGAAGCUGGUGCACGUUCAAAAUUUCGUCAAAUACUCUCUGCUGUACAAUACUGUCAUCGAAAGCAUAUUGUUCACAGAGAUAUGAAGGCAGAGAAUCUCUUACUCGAUGCUCAGAAUGAUAUAAAAUUAGCUGAUUUUGGCUUUGCAAACAAUUUCGAUCCAAGUUCCUUGUUGGAUACAUUCUGUGGAAGUCCACCGUAUGCUGCACCAGAGCUAUUGAAUGGAGAAAAGUAUACUGGUCCUGAAGUUGAUAUUUGGGCAUUAGGCGUCAUUUUAUAUCUACUGGUUAGUGGUUCAUUACCGUUUGAAGCAACAGAUUUAAAAGAAUUACAUCGACGUAUUACUCAGUGUGAUUACCGUGUACCAUAUUUUAUGUCGACUAAAUGCGAAAAAAUUCUGAAACGUAUGCUUGUAAUUGAUCCGAAAAAGCGAAGUUGUUUGGAGGAAUUAAUGAAAGAUCCAUGGAUUAAUAUUGGCUAUGAAAGUGAGCCACUGAAACCGUACAACGAAAAUCUAGAAAGUUAUAACGAUCCACUACGUAUAGCUCUUAUGAAUGAAUUAGGCUUUGCAGCUGAAGAUUUACGUGAAACAUUUGAAAGACAUUUAUUUAACAAUAUAAGAGCAACCUAUCUCCUGUUAGCCGAUAAAGAAACGCAGUACAAAAUUGCUGAGAAACUGAUUUCCAUUAUUUCUAUGUUACCGAUCAAUACCACAUGUAAAGAAAAUGAUUUCAAAACCACUGGUGUAAAAAGUAUACAGGAAACUGUUUCACAACCUCCUAAUUCAGAAAUUCAUGAAUCACAAAAAUGCAAAUCAGAGUCCAACGCAUGUGAUAAUAUCGCUUCAAUGACAGUUUCUAAGCUAGAUGAUAAGUGUCAAUCAGUUGAUGAGUCAAUACCAAGUCCCCGAAAUAAUCUAAUCAUUGUAUCUGAUGAAUAUUUACGUGAAAUUGAAUGUAAAAGUCUGUCAGAUCCAAGUUCAUGUCAUCUAGACAAUAAUGAACAAACAUUUAGACAAGGCAUAAGAAAUAAUCAAUGCAAAAUAUCAAAUAACUUACGUCGUGUUCAUGCUACUUCGUUAUAUGAGAAUACAAAUGUACACGAAUAUGAUAAAGUAAUUGUUUGCAAUAAUAAAAGUGGUAAAAAUACAUCACUUAGAGAUGAAGAAUUUGUAAAUCAAUGCAAAAGUAUUAACUCAUUCCUUCAUAAUGGGUUAAGGCGUCAUUUCAUUAUUGACAGAGCACAAACUGCAAUUCCUGACUCAUCAGAAUGUCGAGUAAAACAGAAUUUCAUUCAAACUAAGGAUCAAUCUUGUGACUGGGAAAAUUUACCCUAUGACCAGUCAGGUAGAGCGACAGUACCAGUUAUAAUAUAUCAUGAUGAAUGUCAGUAUUUUAAUGAAAUUUCCAAUCACCAAAAUGAUACUAAUAACAUUGUUAAUAAUAACAAUAAUAAUAGUGAUAAUAAUGAAAAGGGAAUGACAAAAAAUUUCCGAUUACAAAAAGUUAAGUACCAAAGGAAUAAUUCUAAUCCAACAGAAGUCCAGUCUGCAGUGCAUAGUUCAGAUCAACAACAACAACAAUCACAGCAAUACCACCAACGACAAGCAGAACAACGGCGCCACUAUGAACCGGAAAACAUUAGUAUAAAUUCGCACAACAAUAGUUACAGAAAUGCUGAGAAAACUAAUUCAAAGAUUAUAUUCUUUCAACGGAAGGAAAACAAAUAUAUUAUCGGUCACCAUUGCCUAGACGUACACCAGUUAAUAAAUUCCCUCGUAGAGCAAAUUUAAAUCAUCAUCUAAUCAAUCCAAAUAAUAACAAUGAAAAAAUCAACCAAUCAGAUGAUUAUCAAGAGCAUAAAAUCAAUACAAGAGGUCUAAUUAAUCAGGAGAAAGAUUCACUUGGUCAGAAUCAACCAAUAAUAUUAUAUGAAUCUAGGAAACCAUGUCAACAAGACCAAAGUGAUGAUAACGGCAAGGAUAACUAUUUUAGCAUUGAUAAUAACUCUGUUCAACCGGUAGUGAAACAUGUAAAUUUAGAUCGAUCAGACAGAAAUGAUAACACAUAUAGAAGGAAGUCAGAAAUAUGCAUUACUAGAAUGGAUAAUUUUUCAGAAAUAAAAUUACUUGAAAAAAAUGAGGCAACUUCUAGCAGAAAUUCACAAUACAAAAAUCAUUCAGGAGAUAAUGACAAACAGAUCAAGUACAACAAACGGCCUUUACUCUCCUAUAUCUCCGUAUAUAAAGAAGAAGGCCAACAAACAGACAUACUUGACAUAGAAAAUACAAAUUCAGUGAAACGUGAAAUGCCAAUUCGAAAACCUUUUGUUAAACCACAAGAUCUUAGAUCAUAUGUACACUAUUAUGAUUCAGACAAUAAUAUUACUGGCAAAACAGAUUCAAAAACACGUGUAAAUUGUUCAUUAAACGGGUAUACAGGUAAACUACGCAUUGUAAAACACCAACAGCAACAACAACAAAAUGGGAAUAAUGAGAUUCCCCAGCAGAAUCAUAGCAGUCUGACUACUACUAGUACUACUAAUAGUAAUAAUAAUAUUAGUAAUUGCAGUACUUUACAAGACAAUGUACCUAUUAAACCAGGACGAAUAAACUGGGCUUAUGGUAUUACUGUACAGAAUGCAAAUUUAAACAUCCUACUCACUACACUGAAUAAAGUUGUAGAUAGAAAUUGCCUAGAUUAUGUACGCAUCAAUCCUUAUUGUAUUUUAUGCACUCAUGUGAAAUAUAAUCAUCAUCAUCAAAAUAAUCAGAACAAUAAUAAUAAUAAUUUUAUCAGUGUGAAUCAUGAUGACAAUCAAUCUACCAAGUCCUCAUCAUCACAGUUACAUACUUUAAAGCAUUGCACCAAUGAUAAUGAAACAGUCUCCAUAUUGAAAUGGGAAAUAGAGAUCGUACAACUGCCGAGACUUCAAACAUACGGUAUACGUUUCAAGUUAAUUGAUGGAGAUUUAAUUCAGUACAGAAUUAUGGAAAAAUCACUUACUGCACAAUGUGUUCAAAUAAUGAAUAGUCUGAUAACAUGAAUUAUUUAUCAUCAUAUUUAUUGUCAUUCUGGUAAAAAAAAUUGCAGGGUAUUUUCGAUUUUUUAAUCUCUUUUUCUUUGUUUUAGUAUUUUUUUUGCCUAAAUAACUGUAAUACAUUAUAAAAUGGAAUAUUUAAGUGAUUAUUCCAUCACUUUAUGACAAGAAGCCGAAUGUAUAGAAUUUACUGAAUGUUUUUACGUUUGACUACUUAUGAGUAGGCAAAUGUUAAAAUGGUGAAUUUUUUAAAAUGCGAAAUAACUAGUAAAUAUUGAAUAAAUAAGCUAUCAUGAACUUAUCGAAAGAAUAUUUUUUUAGAUUAACAGCUUCUUAGGCACUUUUUUUAAUAAUUUACCUUCAUUUAUACUUAGCCGUGUUCUUGUAAAGUGAAAUAACGAAAAAGAAGCAGAAAGUUUGUCAAAUAAAUACCACUUUAUGCUCAUUUAUUUUUCCAAAU